CAAAGAAAACUCCUUUUAACCCACAAUCCACUGCUUGAUUUUUGCAGCUCAGUGACGUCAUAACCAGAUACUCAAAGUACUAUCGCAGCAGACGAGUUUUCCUUUUUGAUCACAGAAGAUUUUUGCGUUUUUAAGCACAAAAUGGGAGCUGUAUUAGGUGCUUUAGGAAGCUGUGCUGCUUUCUCGUCGUGUGCCUCUUGUGCCAGUUCGUUAGCUCCAGUGGCGGCGUGUUGUUGUGGCUCAUCAGCUUGUUUUUGUUGCUGUGUUCGAUGUCCGUCAUGCAAAAACUCCACAGCAUCCAGGAUUGUUUACACAAUAAUUCUCUUCCUGGGAACAGUCUUGUCUGCCGUCAUGCUUGCCCCUGGCAUUGUUGAAAAAUUGGAGAAAAUUCCACGUUUCUGUGAUCAUGUUCCAGAGUCAAACUGUAAUAGUCUGGUGGGAUAUUUGGCAGUGUAUCGAGUGUGUUUUGCAAUGGCAGCAUUCUUCCUCUUAAUGGCAGUCUUGAUGUUUAAAGUCAAGAAUAGCAGUGAUCCCAGGGCCAAAUUUCAAAAUGGGUUCUGGCUUAUCAAGAUUGUUCUUGUUAACGCACUAAUAGUUGCAGCAUUUUACAUUCCUAAAGGAAAAUUUGGAGUUGCAUGGAUGUAUAUUGGAAUGUUUGGUGGCUACCUGUUUAUUUUGCUACAGUUGAUCUUACUGAUUGAUUUUGCCCACAACUGGAGUGAAUCUUGGGUUGAGAAGUAUGAGACGACAGGAAAUAAAAGGUGGUACUGGGCUCUCGUAUUAGUCACCAGUGGGAUAUAUGUUCUGGCAAUUGGGGCUGUUGUUUGCUUUUUCUUGUUUUUCACAGAGCCUUCAGGGUGCAAGAACAACAAGUUCUUUAUCAGCUUAAACCUUGUGCUAUGUUUCCUGGUCUCUAUGGUUGCAAUUCAUCCCAAAGUUCAGGAAUGUCAACCCAGUUCUGGUCUGUUACAGGCAGCCGUUAUUACUUUGUACACUAUGUAUCUGACUUGGUCUGGCAUGUCCAAUGAACCUGAUGGCAUGUGUAACCCAAGUGGUUCACUUAUCUCCAGUGAUAAUCUGGCACCUGGGUUAGGCAAUGGGAGGACAGUCAUUGCUGCAGUGCUGAUGUUUGUUAUGGUUGUGUACUCUUGUUUAAAAACAACCAGCUCAAACCCUCUCACAGCCAGUAGCAGCAUGGAGGAGACACUUCUUCCAGAUUACUCUCAAGAUGCGGAGAGUGGACAUGCUACAAAUGAUGAAAACAGGGUGAAAAUCCAGCGUGUUUAUGAUGAUGAGAGCACAGCUGUGACUUAUAACUACAGUUUCUUUCACUUGACCUUCACCUUGGCCUCACUGUAUAUUAUGAUGACACUUACCAACUGGUACAGCCCAGAGGGUUCUGACUUUACCACCCUGACUAGUAACUGGGCCACUGUGUGGGUCAAAAUCAGCUCCAGCUGGGCAUGUCUUGCUCUUUAUCUCUGGACUUUGCUAGCCCCAGUCUUGCUCCCAGACAGGGACUUUGGACAUUAAACAACCCAUGCUUUGGAGCAGACAUCCACUGCAGCUUUGUAAAAUUACAGUUAAAUUUGGGUUUUCACUGAGAAAAUUGACACUAUUAAUACUUGUGAAGUAAUUUGAACAAUACAUGUGUUAUAUUCUCACUGUUUUGCUUCACAAUUUAUAUUAACCCUUUAACUCCCAAGAUCUCAUUUGUAAUUCUCCUUACUGUCUGCCAUACAGUUCUUGGGAUGUUAGUUUGAAGAGUUUGGUAUUGGAUCAAGUUUUAAUCCCCUAGUUGGUAUUUUUCUUUAUUCUCAGUACUUUUCUGCAAGAUAUUGUAUGAAUAUUGUAAAGAGAAAUUCUGUCUUAAUCACUCAUGAGAGCUAAAGGGUUAAGGGAGUUAUUAAAGCACACAAUAAGUAAACUUCAAAGUACAUAGAUUUGCUUUCUAAUCUGUUGUAGAUAAAUAAAUUAAAAAACUAUUGUUCAACAUCA